AUGUCCCUCAUUCAGCAGGUGCUGGUGGAUGAAGGAUACAAGAACCUGAACUGGUUCGAGAGACAUGUGGCGGAAGACAGAGUGGAUGAUUUGAUCGUGUGCUUUGCUGGACUUUCGGAGAAAAUUCCAGAUUUUCCCUUGGCGCCUGGACCGAAAUUCCAUAAAGAUUAUUAUCAGGUGAUGCAUGGUGUUGUGCCUGUCAUAGAAGAGAAACAGACACCUUCUCUUGACUCUCGAUCUGAGUCUGAAUUCGAUUCAAACCAAGAAGACCAUGGGGGCACAGAGGAUCCAGAUCUCAUCAGUGCAGAAGCAGUCAUCAAAGCUGGAUGGAGAGAGUGUAAAGAUGCACAGCAGUUUGUGGAUCUGGUAGGCUUAGGGAAUAUGGCAGCUCAAUGUCUUGUUCUGUUGUUUUCUGAAGAAAAAGAAGAAGUUAACUUCAUCACUUGGAUCAAGGAGGCAGCCGAGGAUUACCUUGGUCAGGUUCAACAUUGCCUCCAAGCCGGCCUCUGGCAAGGCAUCCAAUGGAUGGAAAUUCAGCCAUCUCCAGAUAAAGAAGAGAAUGAUCUCAUCUUUAUAUACUCGGAGCUUUUGACAAUCAGCCUGUGUCCGAAGAACUCCAAGUUAUCUGCCUACCAUGAUCUCCUGCAAAGGUUGUUGCCAAAGGAUGAGAACUUGAAACCCCGGGGACUGUCGCAAUCUUCCCAAGAAGCUGUCUUCUAUCGUGAUAUUGAGGACACAAGGCGCAUCACACCGGCUGUCUAUGAAGAGGUUCUAAAACGGUUCCAGGAAUUUCGUCCUCGAGAAAAAUGGCUUGGGCCAUUCACGGCAAUCAUUGGACCUCAAGAGAGCGGCAAAACAUCUGUUAUGGGACAGAUCGCACAGCAGGGCUACACGUAUGUUGCCUAUGUCUCGUUCGCAGAGCCCAAUUCAACGACCUUCCUAGGGCGGUCGGAGCUAGCCCACAGAUCUCGUAGCCCCGAAAUAUGCCUUGCCAAUGUUGAGCUUUGCCGACAGAUCGGUAUAAGCCCACGAGUGUUUUUCGACUUGCAGGUGAGGAAGCACUUUGGAGGGUUCCAAGAGCGCCUUCGCUGGGCGCUGCUGAAGUGUCAUUCAGACAUCGAUAGUGAGAUGUUCCGGAUUCGAGGACAGUUCAGAGGAAAACCUGAUCACGAGAGUUUCAGUGAGAUUCUGACCAAGUAUGUUGAACGCUACAAACAAAAUCAGAAGAUCAUAUUCGUGUGCACGCAUGCAAAGUGGAAGACGUACCAAGAAUACCACCAUCUCAUGGACGUCAAGGACGAUGAGUUGGUCAUCAAAGAAGGCCACCCAUCAGUUCUACUAUGCUUUGAUGAAUCUGGUGGGCUUGUGACGAUUGCAGAGGAUGAGAUGGUCUGGUUUGAGAAACUGAUCAAGGCUAUCUGCAAUCGCUCGCACGAUCAGUGGGGGGAGAAGGAUCGGUUCUUCAGCGUGUUUCUUGAUCGAAAGACGAGAGAUCCAUAUCUCAAGUCCCCGGCAUCUCACAAGGAGGUAUUCAAGCCGAUUGAUCUGGAUUAA